UCAGCCUAACUUUCUACACCAACAGCCAUAGAAGCCUUUCUGAGAUCCGCCCCGUCUCUGCGUCCAACAUGGACACCUUUUUCCGUCGUCACUUCAAGAGAAAGGAAGCAGCCCUGCAGGUGGAUACCGAGACCGCCGCCUGCCGUCAGCGGAGGCCCAGCGUGGCUGUCCCCACUAGUAAGGCCCGCCGCAGGUCCAGUGUGGGCCUUCCAUCCUCUGCCUUGAUGCAGCGCCGCCGCUCCACUGUCCAGCAGCCAGCGCUACUGAGCGCAAGUGGGGGCCGCCUGGCAAAGAUUCCCAAACAUGGAAGAAGGGGACACACCCGCCGGCGGUCCAGCACCACCACACCCAGCCUGAACCCGAGGUUUGCUGUGUGCCGGAGAAAGGUGGGGAAGCUGCGGACCAUCGACACUCAUCUGCUGGGGCCAUCCAUGCUGCUGGCCAGCCUCAUCCAGAUGGCUGAGGAAGAGGAGGAUGGGGAGGGAGGCAGCUUGGGGGCUCGGCUUCCAGCAGGUGAACAACAGGUGGAGGUAAGGGACGAAGGCAACAAUAGAGGGACAUCUUCCCACUCUAGCAGCCUCCAAUCAGACGGAGAUGAUGACAGCAGCGAUUACUCGAGCAACAGCCAGUCAGAAGGCAGUCUGCUGUCAGAGGCGGAGGCAGAGCAGCUGCCUGAGGAGGAAGAGGAAGAUGAAAUCCCCACCCCAACCCUCUCUACCUCCACCCUGCAGGUACUGAGGAAGCCCCCUGACAUACUAUCUCCAUCGCGGCCCUUGAUCCGGGCCCCUCGCUGCCUGCGCAGGAAUUCCUCUCAGGUGUUUGCCGGAGACUUGUCUCCAUUCAUCUGCCACCGUGGCUCCAGCUACAGGAAAAAGAGGAAGAUCUCCACCAUCUGCAAGGCUGGGAGCCCCUGGCCUGGCCGAGGCCACCUUCUGCCCAGCCGCAAAUGUUCUGUCUACUACCUCAACCAUCCGGCCUUCUUCAGGGGUCCCGGGGCACUCAGCCCGCUGGGACCCCAUAGCUACGACUCCCGCUUGGAAAGUCUGAGUGCCUUCCUGCUGAAAGCCAUCGCCAAGUCGAGCUUGCAGCACGCCGCGACUCAGCCCAACGUGUCCGGACAAACGGACUAUCUGCAGCCGAACAGCACCGUCGACUGGAGCGAGAACGCCCAGUAUGGAGAACACAUCUGGUUCGAGGCCAGUGUUUCUGGAGACUUCUGCUAUGUUGGAGAGCAGUUCUGCGUCGCCAAGUCUCUGCAAAAGUCUGUGCCAAGGAAGAAAUGUGCUGGAUGUAAGAUAUCGGUACACGUCAUGUGCAUGGAGCAACUGGAGAAGAUUAACUUCAGGUGCAAACCGUCAUUCAGGGAACCGGCAUCUCGAGCCGUCCGAGAGGCCAACGUUGUUCGACAUCACUGGGUCCACAGGAGACGGCAGACUGGGAAGUGCCGGCAGUGUGGGAAGGGCUUCCAGCAGAAGUUUACAUUUCACAGCAAAGAGAUCGUAGCCAUCAGCUGCUCAUGGUGCAAACAGGCGUAUCACAACAAGGUGUCGUGCUUUAUGCUGCAGCAGAUAGAGGAGUGCUGCUCUCUGGGAGCUCAUGCUGCCGUCAUCAUCCCUCCCACAUGGAUCAUCAGAGUCCGCAAACCGCAGACAUCUCUGAAAUCCAGUAAAAAGAAGAAAAGGACGUCACUUAAGUGCAACAAGUCAACCAAGAAGGGAGCAGAGGUCCAAGAUGGCCGCUGGAAGCCAUUCCUGGUCAAGCCCCUCCCCUCCCAGCUCAUGAAGCCCCUACUGGUGUUUGUUAAUCCGAAGAGUGGCGGGAAUCAGGGAGCAAAGAUCAUCCAGUCGUUCAUGUGGUACCUGAACCCUCGGCAGGUGUUUGACCUCACGAAAGGAGGACCCAGAGAAGGGCUGGAACUGUACUCCAAAGUUCCCAACCUGAGGAUCCUGGCCUGUGGCGGUGACGGCACCGUGGGAUGGAUCCUGUCUGUGUUGGACGAGUUGAAACUCCGCCCCCAGCCUCCGGUCGCCAUCCUUCCUCUGGGGACGGGCAAUGACCUGGCCAGGACUCUGAACUGGGGAGGGGGCUACACUGACGAGCCCAUCACAAAGAUCCUGUCACACGUUGAGGACGGGAACAUCGUCCAGCUGGAUCGAUGGAACCUGAAUGUGGAGGCUAACCCCGAGGCUCGACCCGAGGAGAGAGACGAACACCAGACUGACAAACUUCCGAUUGACGUCUUCAACAACUACUUCAGUCUCGGUUUCGACGCUCAUGUCACACUGGGCUUCCAUGAAUCCAGAGAGGCCAACCCAGAGAAGUUCAACAGCCGCUUCAGGAAUAAGAUGUUCUACGCUGGGACGGCCUUCUCGGACUUCCUGAGCGGCAGCUCCAAAGACUUGGCCAAACACAUCAGAGUGGUGUGUGACAACACUGAUCUGACAGCCAAGGUCCAGGAAAUGAAGCUGCAGUGCCUCCUCUUCCUCAACAUUCCCAGGUACUGUGCCGGCACCACACCGUGGGGGAACCCCAGCGAGAGUCAAGACUUCGAACCUCAGCGUCAUGACGACGGCUGCAUCGAGGUCAUCGGCUUCACCAUGACUUCUUUGGCAACACUGCAGGUGGGUGGUCACGGCGAGCGUCUUCACCAGUGUAAAGAGGUGACCCUCACCACCUUCAAGUCCAUCCCCAUGCAGGUGGAUGGCGAGCCUUGCAAGCUGGCACCUUCUAUCAUCCGGAUCAACCUACGGAACCAGGCUAACAUGGUCCAGAAGGCUAAGAGAAGGAUCUCAAUGCCGCAUCUGAAUGACCAACAGCCAGUUCCUGAGAAGCUGCAGAUCAGGGUGAACCGGAUCACCAUGGCGGCAUACGAGGCUCUGCAUUACGACAAGGACCAGCUGAAAGAGGCCUCGACGCCACUGGGAGUCAUCAUUGUCCCUGGCGACAGCGACUUAGAGAUGUGCCGGCUGCACAUCGAGCGUCUCCAGGACAACCAGGACCAGGACCUAGAACAGGACGGAGAUGAGAUGAAAGGAGAGAGUCUGUCCUCACAAAAGCUCUCCAUCAGCUGGUGUUUCCUGGAUUGUACGACUGCAGAUCGGUUCUACAGGAUCGACCGGGCUCAGGAGCACCUGAACUAUGUGACGGAGAUCUCUCAGGAGGAGCUCUACAUCCUGGACCCGGAGCUGGUGGUGAAGGAGACAGUGGGCACCUCCCCCAGUAUGCCGGACGAGUUCUCCUUCCCCUGCUCCCCCUCUUCACCCACCUCUCCCAGGGCGAGGGACGGGCAGAGGAAGAGGAUUUCCAGCGACAGCUCGGUGUCAGAGGUUUUGACUCAGAGCUCGUCUAAAACUACUCUGCAAAGGAGAGGAGCAAAGAUAAUCAGUGUUGAUCGCGCCAUUAGGACCGUGACUGAUUUCAGACCUGCUGUUAGAACUUCCGCUGCUACCUCACAGGACCCUGAAAAAGAUGCAGAGCUGAUCAACUGCGUAAAGAACGAGAACCUGAGCAGGAUGACGGAACUCCACCAGCAGGGGGCGGACCUGGCGCUGCAGGAUGCAGAUGGCUGCACGCUGCUGCAUCACGCCGUCCAGAUCGGCAGCAAAGACAUCGUCAAGUACCUCAUAGAGAACGUUCCCACCUCCUACCUGGACCUCACAGAGACGGAGACAGGAGAGACGGCGCUCCAUAAAGCCGCCACCCUCUGUCAGAGGAGCAUCUGUCACUUCCUGGUGGAGGCGGGGGCUUCGCUCAUGAAGACGGACUUGCAGGGUGACACACCCAAACAUCGUGCCGCCAAGGCCAAUGAUCAGGAACUGGCCAACUACCUGGAGAACUGCCAACAUUACCAGAUGAUCCAGAGAGAGGACCAGGAGACAGCAGUGUGACUGGACACUUUUCUCUGACCAGUUCUGUUGGUUUUUUUUUUAUUCUCGUUGUUCUCCACAGAGUCCAGUCUGUCGGAAUGUAAACAGAUCAGAUUCUUUCUGCUGUCGGUGGCGGAGAGGACAGGUUUUUUUGUGCUUUAACUGAUGAGAGACGAGACGUCUUGAUGAAUCCAGUUUCUAGUUGCCUGAAAACGCCUGAAGAAGCCUCUGUGCAGUGGCUGACCUGAGCAACACAAGGCUUGUGGACACUAAAACUAAUUCAAAAUUGUUUUUAUUUUGGGGUCACAAAGAUGUGCAUAGACAGUGACGCAGCUGCUGGUGACCAACAGUGACAGCAUUCAUGUUUCUACAGCUUUCAUAUCCAAUAAAGCAACAUUUGUCUUCUGUUAAGCUUCUAGUGACAUUUUGGAUGUUCACGGCAGACAAAUAAAUAUUUAAAUAUUUAAUGUAGACAGUGAUGAAUUUAAAUAUUUAUGAUCAAACUGUAGAGAUAAACUCACUUUGCCUGUAAUCCGAGUAUUUUGAUGUUUUACUUGUCUGUUACAAAGGUUUAAAGCCAAAGGCAGUAGGGCGCUUUCGUUUUGAUGUCUGUGGACUGUAAAUACUCGCGACGCCUGUUAGUUCAUCAAAGAGAAGCUGAAGCCAGGUUCUACAAAAGCAGCAGAGCCUGUUCGAUUAUAACAAGCUUCAACGUCGGUCAGGAGAUUGUUGUCACUGUAUGAUAUUCAUGUAAGAAUUGUUUGGUUUCAUCAUUUCUGUGUGACCUGCAAUAAAGCAUGUCAGUAACAAAACUA